AUGAACGAACGUAGUCGCACCGUCAGCGGCUCCCAGCACCACCACCACCACCACCACCCGCCACCGCUACAGCGCGCGCGCGCCGGCACAGUAGGCACAGCCUCCGCGGCACCAUACCAGUCGACCCAACAAGCACCGGCGGCGCCCGCUGCCUCGCGAGAUCGUCUCUUUCGCAGCCAUCUGAUCAGGCGGCCCACUGGCGGCGGCGGCGGCGGCGGCGGCGCCACCACCAGCGCAACGUCCACCUCGUCCAUGGCGGCGGCAGCGACGCACGCCGACGCGGCGCUUCUGGCGGCAGAGGAGCAGCAGCAGCACCAGGCGGAGCGGUGCGAGAUUGUGGUGCGCAACCACAACGGGGAUAUCGAUCUCGAGGGCUCGCCGGUGGUGUCGUUGGACGACAUUGACGAGAUGGCGCUGGAGGCAAGGCAUGAGACGGAGCAAGAGCGACAGAGACUGGCAGAGGCUGUCAAGCAGCAUCGAAUCAACCAUACUACAGUCCCGGACCAACCCGAAGAACUACUAGAGGCUGUUCGAGCAAGUCUACGCGCCAAGGUCAAUGCUUUGGCUGACGACCACUGGAUGUUUGACCCGGAAGAUCCACCGCGAGGUUGA